AUGUCUGUGCGCCAGUUGUUGAUUGACAUUUCCGUGGCUGCUGUAGUCCUUCACAACGCGGCCACCAUUGGUUACCUCCUCGGAGCUGGCCAGCAGUCAUCUCUUCCACCCGUUCAUCUCGGCAGCCCAAGCCCUUCUCCAGCACCACCUGUCCCGCCGCCCGUCACGCCUCCGUACGAGUCAGUCAGCAGAAAUGUCCCCGAGACGCAGAACCGAGAGCUCGAGAAUCGCUCGACAAUGUCGUCCUCCUUCCUUACCUCCAGUGGACUCUUUUGCCGAUUUGUAGGAAGUGGCAUCGUUCAGGUGGGAGACACUGACGACUCGGAUUCUGAUUGA